AUGGGAAUGGCAACAACUCAAUCUGCAUAUACAAGGAGGAACCAGGACCAAUUAGGUGAUACCAGUAGCAACAAUAAAUCACCAGUUCAUACAUCGCCAUCCGUAUCGCCACCAUCAGCAUCAGCAUCAGCAUCAGCAUCAGCAUCAAAUUCAAUGGCAAUAGAAGAAGCAUUCACCUUCCCCACUGCCCCACCAACUUCGAGUUCUUCAAAUGAGUCAACUCCUCGAGAUCGGCGUCGAUCAUUCACUUAUGAAUCCACUUCACCCAAUGGCAGCUCUGAGGCUUCACCUUCAUCCCCAACACCACUUUCAAUGAGCUUUAUGCACAAACCUUCGAGAUCACAAAGUUUUUUCACCCAAUCCAAUGAUAGAACCAGAGAAAAUAGCAUUUUCAAUAAAACCUUGUCCUACUCACCUCCAAAACAACAACUGCCUCCACAACAGCAGCAAACUUCAGACACAACUGUUCACUCAUCAGUUUCUUCUUCUUCUUCUUCCUCAUCUUCCUCCCCACUGGAAAAAUCACCUACUGCUAGUCCCUCACUAUCACCAUCUUCAGCACAACCUCCUCAACCACCAUCUUUAGAUGAUACAAAUGACCAUUUUGCUCCACCAGAUUACUUUAAUCACAAGUCAUCACUUAAAUCAGUAACAAGAUCCAAAUCUCUACCAUCAACACCCACUUUUAAAGUCCAUUUUGGAAAUUCAGAUAUUCGAUAUUUUAAAAAGAAGGAUACCCCAAGAACUAUAUCAGCCAGUAAUUCACCCGAUUUUGGUGCACAAGCAGAUUCAUCCGAUGAUGAUGAGUAUGAAGAUGACGAUGAUGAAGAUGACAACGAUGAUGACGACGACGAUCACUACGGCACAUUCGGUACUCGUUACAAUUAUGAAUAUACCUACGCUGAUGAAGAUGAUGUCGAUGAUGAUGUGAAAAGAAUCAGCUCAAGGGGUAGUGCGCAUAGGUCACACAAUAAAUAUAACCAUGACUUGCAUAACUUCAGUUUGGGUGAUACAAAAUACCCGAAACCAGUUGCUUCGGAGAUAAAAUGGGAUCUACAAUUGUUAAAUUUCGCACCUUUGUCUUAUUUGAAAAGAAUUGAAGCAAGAACACCAGUGUUUCUUGAACGGUUAUUCAUCUCUGCUGACAAAAAGUAUUUGUUUGGUCAUAUUGCUGUAAAGAACCUUGCUUUUGAGAAAUACUUGACUGUUCGUUACUCAGUUGACAACUGGAUGACUAUUAUUGAGAUUCCCACCACCUAUACCGAAGAAAGGGCUGACGUCAUGGAGAAGAACAACUAUGAUCGCUUUGUUUUCAAAAUACCCCUUGAUAAUUUAUUCAAUACGUUUAAAAUGUCAAAAAACUCGUCGACUGAUUCAUUGAGUGAAGAUAGUAGUAGUAGUGGAAAUAGUGGUGACAUAUUUAGAGGUUCGAGUUAUGGUGAUUACCAAAAGGAAAGAAGGUACCAAUUUUGCAUUAAAUAUUGUACCCAGGGACAUGAAUAUUGGGAUAAUAAUAAAUUUCAAAAUUAUUUAGUCAAAUUGGUCAAAUCAAGAAUCAGCCACCAACCACCGCCACAGCAACAAAAGCAUCAUUUUUAUAAUUUGGAAAACAAAGACUCCAAAUUACAAGAUCAUACUAAAAAACCAAGGUAUUCUCAUAAUUAUCUUAAACGAGUUGGAUCCGAUUCAGGUAUCAAUUACAAUAGUCCAGGUGCUGGCACGGAUGAAUCAAAGAAUAACGAUGAUCUUGAAGAUGAUGAUACCGAUACCAUCACUAUGGAUGCAAAUGGUAGUGGCUCUACCCUUAGAGAGAAUAUCGAAGAGUUGUUGAAAAACACCGGGGAUGCACAAGUAAAACUGCGGGGUAUCAACAACGAUAAUAAAGGCUUUUCAUCUACUGCUUCUAAGUCAACCGACACCAACAACAGUGGUACUAAAAAGAGUCAAAAUCUUCAACUUGAUCUUGAUCUUGAUUCACUCGAUACUGUCGCUACAACAACACCGAAAUAUAAAACGAAAUUCAUCACAAAUCAAUUCAAUUUGAAUUCAAAUUCCAAUGCGGCUACAAAGGGCAAUUUGUCCACUGGUAGGUCAAAUGCAUUCAAUAGUGAUUUGAAAAGUAAGUCAUAUAAGGAGAUACUUGACUCAUAUUGUUUUUUCAAAUCUGAUUCUGCUAGUGUUAGUGGUAGUGUUAGUGGUAACGGUAAUGGAAAUGGAAAUGGCAAUAGUGGAAGUGGAGUAGGCAGUGAUAUAAGUGAAAUUUGA